AGCGGUUUGGAGUUUGGCCCAAACCGCGGAACAUGGCGAGUAUGAAGAAGCGGUCCAUGGAGGGACUCUUCAACUGGCUGUUGAGCUUUCUCAACAUUCCUCUGGCGGAAGUCACGCCUGCGGGCAAGUCAAAGCGGGCCUGCCUUCAGAUCUGCUGCGACUCAGAGAUGCGCAUCGCCGAGGUGCAGCCAGAGCUGUGCAGCUGGCUCCAGUAUGACGACAUGAUUGGCAUGAGCCUUUUCAACCUGAUGCCCACAGUAGUGGCGAACGCUCAGGCCGCCAUCAUCCGUGAGCUGAAGCGCUCCAAUGAGUGUGAGUCGAAGCGCAGUCGUGCUGUCUUGCUGGAUGCGACGGGUGUGGCUCGAGCAUGCAGGUUGACAGUCCGACCGCAUGGUGGGUCCUUCACCGUUGUGGUGGAGCAAGUGCAGGGCAAACUGCACAUCCCCAGGGGCUUCGAGCAAUUCAUCCGGCAAAAGCCAGGCCUCCACUUGACAGACACGCAGGAGGCCGCGUGCAUCAUGACGGACCUUGCGAAUACCACGAGCUUCGCAGCGCAGGCGUCACCACGGCAGAUGGCCGAGUUGCUGCACAAGGUCUAUGUAACUGCCAGCUCUGUCGUGGAGCAGGAGGCGCUGCCCUAUGUUUAUAUUCACGAGGUUGUUGGUGACAGCCUGCUGCUGCUUUGCAACGCGGAGUUCAUGGCCCGGUUCCCCGGCCACACCGCCGCGAUCGGCAUCUACGUUGCGAGCAAGGUGCAGAAAGCAGUGGACGACAUGCUUCGAUCCUACGGUGAUGACAUGUACUUGCGUGUCGGUAUUGCCUUGGGGCCUCUAACCGCUGGCGUAGUGGACGGUCGAAGCUUCCGAGUCUUUGGUUCCACCAUCCACUUGUCCCAGCGCCUGGAGUCCAAUUGCCCACGGGGGCAGAUCGCAUGCUGCAGCGGCUUUGCUUCUCAGCUGGGCCAGCAGGUAGACCCCAGCCUGGUGCGUUGCAGUCCACGCACUUCCGAUUUGAAAGGCUACGGGGAGGUGACUUACUCCUUGGUGGACUUCUUGGGGUCCUCUUUUCCAGGUCAUGACUUGACGGCCUGAUGGCGAUGGACAGUUAUUAUGUUCCACUGAUGGUUCUCCCAGUUGAACUCGAAUCCCGCUAGCACGGCUGCCGGCUGGCCCCAUCCUCAGAGGACAAGGUUCCACUGACUGAUUCUGCCAGUGGAACCUGUCUCCACAUAGCGCGGAUGGUGGGGCCGGCUCCCCCCUCGGAGGUGCAAGCACGAAUGGACAUGCAA